UUUCGUUUUGAUAAAAAGAUUUGAAAUGGAUCCCCCUUCUCUGAUGUCUGAUGGCUCAAGCUGGUCCAAGCUUCCUUUAGAUCUCUUGAUCAUGGUUUUCGAACGUCUUGGUUUUGUAGAUUUUCAACGAACUAAAUCAGUGUGUCUAGCUUGGCUAUAUGCUUCACGAAUGUCAGCGCCAAACAAGCAGAUCCCUUGGCUCAUUAUGUUUCCAGAAAAAGGUAAAGAUUUUUGUCUCUUGUUUAAUUCUGAAGAAAAAGAGAAGAUAUAUAGGAUUCAAAAUCUUGGUGUUGAAUUCGCAAAUAGUCACUGUUUGGCGAUUUAUGGAAGUUGGCUCUUUAUGAGAGAUCCUAGAUAUAAGCUCUAUAUAAUGAAUUUGUUUACUCGUGAGAGAAUUAAUCUUCCGUCUGUGGAGUCUCAAUUUGGUAGGAUAAAGAUUGAACAAAUUAACGAUGAUUUGUUCUAUAGAAAAGUUGAUGAUGAAUAUGAUUACCAUCCUAAAAGACACAUGAUCGAUAUUAGUGACCAUAUAUUAUGGAUAGAUGAUAAGACCAAAGAUUAUGUGGUUAUGUGGUCAUUCGAGUGCGGAUACACAUAUAUGGUUUAUUGCAGAACUGGAGAUAAUAUUUGGAAUUACCGCAGUCUUGAUAUAUCGACUGUUAACAUAGUAUACAAAGAUCAUAAGAUGUACUUGUAUAGUUACACUCGUGAUGUCAAAGUCUUGGAUUUUUGUGAAGAUAUUCCGCGACAAAUCUUUGAAACGCAAGUUAAUUAUGAUAUAUUAAUGGAAAAAGGAUUCAGAAGUGACGUUGAUGAUGUGUUGAAUGAUAAAAAGGAACAUCUUGUAGUCACAUUAAAUGGAGAUGUCCUUAGAGUUAAGAGCAAAAUAUGGGAUAAUAGUGACGUUUGGUCCUUCUGCAUCUACAAGUUGAAUUCUUCUAAUACUUACUGGGAGAAACUCACUUCUUUGGGAGACGAGGCAAUACUUUUGGAUCUAGGUAUCACUGUACUUGCCAACACCAUCGAAGGAAUCAAUAGAAAUUCAAUAUAUUUCAGUGGUUAUCAUCGCCCUCAUUAUUUCAGAUUCGAUCAUGUUUGGAGUGAAAAAGAUAUUUGUGUCUUCAAUCUUGACACACAAGAAGUUGAAAGACCACAUCAAAGUAUUUGUUCGUCCAUUCAAAUAUCUGGUGCACGAUGGUUUGUGCCAAAUUUCAAACAUAUAUGAUUGAUCUCAACUUUAUUGUAUCUUUUCAAUGUUUUUUUUUUAUGUUUGAUUCCCUAAACCUAAACACAUCUAUAUUGGAUAUGUAUCUCUUUUCUUUUGCAACUGUGAAAGUAAAUUAAACAUAUCAUAUCAUAUAUAUAAAAUAUAAUGUUUAAAACUUAUAUUGGAAUAACAUCAAAUUUAGACCACAUCAUGAAAUCAU